AUGCCAAUACAACAUCACAAGCAAAGAACAAAAAGACCCCGCUUCUUCACUGUAUUGCACUUCCUUGGAUUCCUCGCUCAAAAUCCUGGAGAAUGCUUUCCCAUAUCAAAGAAUGCGUUGCACAAAACACCACGACUGUCCCAUGCGAGUCGAUUAAAUGACAGCUACCAAGGAGGUGAAGAAGCGGAUGAUACUGAAAACAUUGGAAAUGACUUUUUGAAGGCUCUUUGCAUCGUGCCUCCAACUAAAGACUGGGAUCGACUUCAACGAGCUCGCCAUUAUGCGGGGGAUCCUUCCUUUCAUUCAUGGCCGCCAGCCGUUCGCUUCUUUCACCCUUUCAGUGCAACAGCACUCGAGGUCGCGCAGGUUGUAGAAGAAUUGAGCAUUGAGCCAUUUGAAAUCACAUUCGACACAUGGGUUAUAGUUCCGUACAUGGAAGCAUUACAUACCGAGUGGGUGAAUACAGAUAAUGUUCCUUCCGUUUUUGAUGCAACCGACACCGUAGAUCCUAAGGAGAAGGAGCAGAAUCGAAAAGUGAGGGAGCUCAUUUUGAAUGAAGAACGAAAGAGCAAGGAAAAGCACCUGGCUAGGGCCAAGAAGAAAGCGGCAGGAUCAUGGACUGGCUAUUCGGACUAUAUGGAGCCUUUGGUCGACAAAACAUCUCCCGAAGAAAAGAUGAAGGACCAAAACCGUCUAUACGAAGAAGAUGGAGGCCCAUCCGUCCUCUGCUUGGAACCAAACCCAAAGUCCAAGCAACUACUGAUUGAGAUGCGACAGGAGCUCGCAGAUGUUCUAGAUCACGACACAUACUCAUCGCCCUCAAGUCUGUACUCUCCGCGUGGCAUCGAGGAUAUGGACAUGGGAUAUAGGCCGCUAAUUCCGAUUUCUUCCUUCCCAAGUCUUCAAAGUGCCUUGGAAGUCGCCAGGCGCCUAAAGGGUCUCUGGGGUGAACCUCUCACCAUUGCAGUGAAGGACUUUCAUGUAAUUUCUUGCCAAGAUGACAUGGGACAAGAUGAAUGGGAAACUAAUAUUCCGCAACCAAUGGCUACGUUUGACAAAGAACCUUGGAUGUGCAACGCAAAAAUCAUGUUGGUUGGAGAAGAAAUGCAGCUUGAUGAUUCUAAUGAUGAAGAGAUGAUUCGAAAGUUGAUCGAGGAAGGUGAACCGGGAGGCUUGGACAUCACAAACGACUUCACAAUUCUAGAUGAAGAAGAAGAAUCAGGAGACAUCGAAUCUUGGUUGGACGUAGACGAUGAUUGGGAUGAGGGAUCACAAGUGACCAUAGGUAGGACGCACUUUUUUACUGGUGAACAAAGGAUUUAUCCUGGAAUGCCAGCUUCUAGUGUUAUUGAUGGACGUGAUAGACUCUUGGGGACGGCCGGGGGUCCAAGCAGUAGUUUGGUACGGAGACGGCGAAAUAAUUUCCGACAGGGCGGCCAUUGGGAAGAAGGAGAUUAUGGUCGUCGAGAUACAGAUUACUUGCCCUGGUCGAAAAGAGAAAAAGGAAAAAAAGGAGGUACAUCAAUGACAUAA